AUGAAUUCCAUUGAGGAGGGCAGCAAACCAACUUCAAUCAACAAUGUCAACAACACGACCGAUACAAGUGAUUCGAACUCCAAUCAUCAACCAUCAGCAGCAGCAGCAUCAUCAGCCGCCAAUAAAGAACGUGAAAAUUGGGCCAGCGGUUUAGAAUUUCUUAUGUCCUGCAUCUCAGUGUCUGUGGGCUUGGGCAAUAUCUGGCGUUUUCCAUUUACCGCCUAUGAGAAUGGUGGCGGUGCAUUCCUGAUACCCUACAUCGUGGUGUUGUUCUUAAUUGGAAAACCAAUGUACUAUCUAGAAGUUCUUUUAGGACAAUUUACCAGCAAAAGUUCCGUUAAAAUAUGGUCCAUAUGUCCCUCAUUUGUAGGUGUUGGCAUUGGUCAGGCUUAUGCCGGUGUUACAGUACUUACCUAUUAUUCCUCGCUGUUGGCCUUGACACUCUAUUAUUUUGUGGCCUCAUUCUAUAAUCCUUUGCCGUGGUCCUACUGUCGUGAGGAGUGGGGUUCUAAUUGUGUUGACUCCAAUUCGAAAGCAACUAAUGGGGAAAAUUUCACAACAUUCAAUGACAAACCGACAAGUAGUUCGGAAAUGUAUUUUAUCAAACAGGUAAUUCGUGAAUAUGAUGAUAUAUCCGAGGGUAUUGGCCUGCCAAGUUGGAGACUGACAUUGGCCUUAUUUGUGGCAUGGCUAACAACAUUUUUGGUAAUAGUUCGUGGUGUAAAAACGGCCGGUAAGGCAGCAUAUUUCUUGGCCAUAUUUCCAUAUGUCAUUUUGAUAACACUGCUAAUAAGAGCUGUUACUUUGGACGGGGCAUUGGAUGGUAUUAUAUUUUUCUUGAAACCCAAUUGGAGUGAAUUGCUGAAUUUGAAGGUUUGGAAAGAAGCUGUGGUCCAAUGUUUCUUUUCUCUGGCUGUGGGACUGGGUCCAAUUGUUAUGUUUUCAUCAUAUAAUAAAUUUAAUCACAAUUCACAUAGAGAUGCUAUAAUUGUUACCAGUUUGGAUACUGUAACCAGUUUAAUUGCGGGUAUCACCAUAUUCGGCAUCUUGGGUAAUUUGGCACAUAAUCUAAAUAUAAGUAACAUCGAUGAGGUGGUGCGUAGUGGUACGGGUUUGGCAUUUAUAUCCUAUCCAGAUGCUAUUGCAAAAUUUAAUGGUGUACCACAGUUAUUUGCUGUAUUAUUUUUUAUUAUGUUGUUCGUUUUGGGCAUUGGAACAUUGGUCGCCCAGGCCAAUACACUGGUAGCAAUAUUAUGUGAUAAUUUUAAAUGGAUGAAGGCGUGGAUGGUGGCAUUGGCAACAUCAAUUGGUGGUUUUCUAUGUGGCAUUAUUUACGUUACACCGGCCGGUCAAUGGAUCCUAAAUUUAGUCGAUUAUUAUGGUGCCACAUUUGUUAUUUUUGGUUUAGCUCUAUUUCAGAUCAUUGGCGUGGCAUGGAUCUAUGGUUUACAAAAUUUCUGCGAUGACGUUGAGUUUAUGAGUCGAAUGCGUGUCUCAUUCUAUUGGCGUAUCUGCUGGGCAGUUAUUACACCACUUUUACUAUUAUUUAUUUUCGUUUAUUCCAUGGCCGAAUUGAAAACAUUAAAAUAUGCUGGCAUGGACUACCCAGAAUCGGCAAAUAUUGCUGGUUGGGUUCUAUUGGCCAUAGGUUUUGUACAAUUCCCUUUGUGGUUCAUAUGGACAGCAUCCUCAAAUUGCAGUGGCUCAUUGUGGAAUACCAUACAAAAAGCAUGUUCACCUAGUGAUGAAUGGGGUCCCAGUAAUCCGGAUAUACGCAAACAAUGGCUAAUGUUCAAGACGGAAGCGCAGGAAAAACGAAAUGCCAAAUUAAAGUCUGACAAUAGUUCGUCACUAUUUUGGCAGAAACUGAAAAAUACUUUCUUCAAUACAUAG